AUGCGAAGGAAGGAGGAGAGCGAGUGCACGAAGUACCGGCGGGAUGAGGGGAUUGUUGGAUCGGGGAUCGGGGAUCUGGUCUCCCUGUUCUUCGAUAGAUCCAUUUCCGAGUGCGAGGUCUGCGAGGAACAAACAGGAACGGAGCUGUCAGCUGUCAUCAAAGACCUCCUGGCCCGCUAG